AUGCAGAAUCCGGUGUCUCCUUUUUAUUCUGAUGGAGAAUAUCCUUCAGAUCCGAAUGAGAAAUUCCCUCUCAACGGCGUUUUCGAUACAAAUCCGACGCAGACCCUUGUACUUCUCAUCGACUUUAAGUCCCAUGGCCCAGAUAUCUGGUGGGAACUGCAAUCACAACUAUCACCACUUCGAGAUAAAGGUUACCUUACCUAUUUCAACGGUGUCGAUAUAGUGGAAAGACCAAUAACGGUGGUCGGGACUGGGGACGCGCCGUUUGAGUGGUUGACAGCAAACGAAACUUACAGAGAUGUUUUCUUCGAUGCACCCUUGGUCGAGCUGGCGGAUGAUUCGGUGCUGUGGCCGAAUCCCAACCGCGCUCAAGAUCCUUCGAGAGCUUGCAAAAAAGGGCUUCCUAAACCUGACGGUCCUAGCCCUGAGCCUGGGUCGAACCCAGGAGCAGCAACGUGUGAGGAGAAGAAAGGGGACAGGAGACAUGUUAGGGGGAGGAUUUGGCCUGUAACCGACCAGGGCAAUCUCCUUUACAACAAAUCCAACAGUUAUUACGCUUCUGUAAGCUUUACAAGGUCCAUCGGCCGUAUUUGGGGUUCCCGGUUAAGCCAGGAUCAGCUUCAGCUCAUCCGGAGUCAGAUUCAAGGAGCACAUCGGCGGGGUUUGAAGGUGCGCUAUUGGGGUAUUCCACAGUGGCCACUUGGACUUCGGAAUCACAUAUGGCAUAUUUUGAUGAGGGAAGGCGCAGACUUCCUCAGUGUAGAUGACCUGUACGGGGCAACACAGACUGAUUGGAGAAGGGAACGAAGUCGACGGGGAUAA